AUGGCGCCCUCCCAACUGGCGCAGCUCAAAGCUGCACUCUCCUCGGGCGGACUGAACCGUAAGAGCCAGAGCAAAAAGUCAAAAAAGUCGGGCGGCAAAAAGGGCGGCGCGCAGGAGGUCGACCGGGCGAAGAAGAUCGCAAAGCUCGACGAGAUCCGCGCCAGGUUCAACAAGUUUGACGAGCGCGAGACACGUACCAAGCACGAUGUGGGCGGACGCAACCUCAAGGGUGUAGUUGGUAGGCCGACAGCGGCUCGGUCCGCAGGGAUCGAGGCGCGCCGCGAGACACUCCUCGGCGAACACCAUCUGCGCGACCACCGCGGCACGUUCCGCGAUCGGCGAUUCGGCGAGAACGACCCGACCAUGAGUGUCGAGGAUCGCAUGCUUGAGCGAUACACUCGCGAGAGGCAGCGCGGACAGGGCAAGAAGGGCAUGUUCAACCUCGAGGACGACGAGGGGUUCGACGACGACGAUGGGUUUGCGCUGGGUCUCACGCACGGCGGGCGGAGCGUCAUGGAUCUCCCUGGGGACGACUUUGAUAUGCUGGGAAUGGGAGAUGAGGAGGAGAGUGGUGCGAUUUCGCGUCAGCGCGUGGCGAGGGAGCACUUUGGCGGGUUCCGCGACGAGGAGGAUGAGGAGGACGAGGGCGAGCGCAAGAAGACCAAGCACGAGGUCAUGUCCGAGAUCAUCGCCAAGAGCAAGGGGUACAAGCUCGAGCGACAGAAGCAGCGCGACGAGGACGAAGAAAUGCGCGAGCAGCUCGACGAUGGGCUGGACGAACUGCGCGAGCUGCUGGCUGGUAACGCGCCGGUCAAGCCCGCUGUUCAGCUGCCUGGUGUGGAACGCGGUGCACCGAUCGCGGACCAACACAACGACAAGGACUACGACCAAUUUGUGCGGAGCCUUGCGUUCGAGGCGCGCGCCAAGCCCAAGGACCGCACCAAGACCGAGGAGGAGGAAGCGGCCGACGAGGUUGAGCGCCUGCAGGCCGCCGAGGCGAAGCGGUUGCGCCGCAUGCACGGGGAGGAGUCUGAGGACGAGGAGGAGGGAGGGAAGAGGCGCAAGGACCGAGCGCCGGACGCGGAUGACCUCGGCGACGACUUUAUGGGCGAGGUCGACGACGAGGGGAAUGUGCUUCUUGGUGAGGGUCUUACGCGCAAGACCAUUGAGGAGAUGGCACCGGAGAGAGACGAGGGGAGUGGGGAUGAGGACGAGGACGGAGAGAGUGGGGAGGAGGGCGAGGAGGAUGAUGACGAUGAGGAGGAGAAUGACGACGACGACGACGAUGACGACGAGUCCGUGUCCGACCUCGAGGACCUCGACAGCGACGAGGCAAGCGACGAUGAGGCGCCCCAGCUCGUGCCCGUCAGCAAGAAGCGCAAGGCACCACCCGUCGACGAGAUUCCAUUUACUUUCUCGUGUCCCGCGACACUCGCCGAGUUCGAGGAGAUUCUCGAGCCUCUGGCUGACUCGGCGCUCCCCACCGUCGUACAGCGCAUCCGCGCACUGCACCACCCUUCUCUGGCGCAGGGAAACAAGGAGCGGCUGCAGGACUUCCUCGGCGUUCUGCUCGACUACAUCCUCGUACUUGCGUCCGAUGAGCGGUUCGAGAGCAUCACCGCGUUGGGCCCGCACCUUGCCGCGCUUGUCAAGCUCAACCCCCUCACGGCCAGCUCGCACUUUAUCGCCAAGCUCACGCUCAUGCAGAAGAACCUCGUGCGUGGUCUGGCUCGCGGCGCGUCCAACCCGACCUCCAAGACCAUGCCAGGAGCGCCUGAACUCACCCUCCUCCGCCUGGUUGGCGUCACAUGGUCCACAUCCGACUUUAGCCACCCAGUCGUGCAGCCCGCCAUGCUCCUCAUGGGCCAGUAUCUCUCGCAAAGCCGGAUCCGUUCCACGUCCGACCUGGCGUCGGGCCUCUUCAUGUGCUCCCUCGUGGCGCAGUACGAGGCCGAGAGCAAGCGUCUCAUGCCCGAGGCCAUCAACUUCCUCGCCUCAACGAUUCGUGCGCUUUUGAAGCGGAAGAAGGACGCACCCUUUGUCCGCGCGUACCCCAACCUCGUGUCGGGCGAGAUGUUCCUCUCCAUGGGCGUGCCGCCGCACCACCCAAUCAACCUCUUCUCAAGGUCGGAGCCUGAACAGACGCGCUCGAACCUGCUCGCAGCGGCGCUGCGGUUGAUCCAAUCCUUUGCCUCCCUCUAUUCAAGCCUAGACGCCUUUGUGGAGCUCUUUACCCCUCUUUCCACAGUCCUCUCCUCAUCGCGGACCAAGCUCCACCCCGACCUGAAAUCGCUGUUCACUCAAACUGCCUCUCAGCUCGAGAACCAGCUCCGUCUCGCCACCACCUCUCGCAUGCCCCUCACGUUGCAGGACCACAAGCCAAUCCCGAUUGCCAGCUAUGCGCCAAAGUUCGAGAAGGACUUUGCGCCGGACAGGCAUUACGACCCAGACGUGGAGCGCAAUGCGGCGGCCAAGUUGCGUGCUGCAUACAAGAAGGAACGGAAGGGUGCGAUCCGCGAACUGCGCAAGGACAACCGUUUCCUUGCCUCCGAGAAAGCACGCGAACAGGCAGCAAAGGACGACGAGUACAGUGCCAAGAUGCGGAAAGCGCAUGGAAGCCUCAAUGCCGAAAGGGCAGAGGAGAAGGAGAUGGAGCGGGAGAAGCGGCGCGACAAGCGGCGCCGGGGCAACUAG